UGUCUGCCCCCACGGGGGUUUAUUUGAUCUCACAUUAACCAAGGAGGAGAAUGUGAGAAAAGGGGGAAAAUGCCCAGGAGGAAGCAGGAGCAGCCCAAGCGCCUUCCCUCACAUGUUAGUAGGCAGGACGAAGCGGAGGGAGAUUUCAGCGAAGGAGAGCAGUGGUACGGAAACUCCUCUGAGACUCCAUCAGAAGCGUCCUAUGGGGAAGUCCAAGAGAACUAUAAGCUGUCCCUGGAGGACCGGAUCCAAGAGCAGUCCACAUCCCCCGACACCUCCCUGGGCAGUGCCACCCCCAGCAGCCACACGCUGGAGUUGGUGGCACUUGAUGGCGAGGUUCUCCGAGACUCGCUGCAGUGUCAAGGUCACCUUUCACCUGGAGUGUCCUCUGUGUGCGAUGAUGACCCACCUAGUUCCAAUAAACCUCUGAGCAGCAAUUUGAGGCGGCUGCUGGAGGCUGGGUCCCUCAAACUCGAUGGCACAGCCAAUGGCAGGGUGGAGUCUCCCGUGAAUGUUGGCCCUAGUCUGUCAUUUUCCCCUCCGUCCCACCAUGCCCAGCAACUCAGUGUCCUGGCCAGGAAGCUGGCGGAGAAGCAGGACCAGAGUGACCAAUUCACCCCAAGUAACCGUUUCAUAUGGAAUCAAGGUAAGUGGUUGCCGAACUCAACCACCACCUGUGGCCUGUCCCCUGACUCCGCCAUCCUCAAACUGAAAGCCGCAGCCAAUGCUGUUCUGCAGGACAAAUCUCUGUCCCGGACUGAGGAGAGCCUGAGGUUUGAGUCUUUUUCCUCCCCGUUCAGCUCGCAGUCUGCCAGCUCCACCUUGGCGGCCUUGUCUAAGAAAGUGAGCGAGAGAAGUCUGACUCCGGGUCAGGAGCACCCGCCUCCUGCCAGCUCUUUCCUAUCAUUGGCCUCCAUGACCUCCUCCGCAGCCCUUCUGAAAGAAGUGGCUGCCAGGGCCGCGGGUAGCCUUCUGGCUGAGAAGUCAUCUUUAUUGCCUGAUGACCCUCUACCACUGCCGUCUUCUGAGAAGAAGCCAGAAAAAGUCACCCCGCCCCCUCCCCCACCUCCUCCGACAGCGCAGCCGCCUCAGUCCUUGGAAUUAUUGCUACUUCCAGUUUCCAAGGGAAGAGCCUCCAAGCCCUCCAAUUCAGCCCCAGAAGAAGAAAGCGGGAAGCCAUUCCAAUGUCCAAUAUGUGGUUUGGUUAUAAAAAGGAAGAGUUACUGGAAGCGGCACAUGGUGAUUCACACAGGCUUAAAGAGUCAUCAGUGUCCACUCUGUCCAUUCCGGUGUGCUCGCAAGGACAAUCUCAAAUCCCACAUGAAGGUUCAUCAGCAUCAGGACCGGGGAGAGACUUUUCAGUGCCAGCUGUGCCCUUUCACAUCCUCACGCCACUUCAGCCUGAAACUGCACAUGCGUUGCCAUCAGCACUUCCUGAGGACAGAGGCCAAGGUGAAGGAGGAGAUCCCAGACCCAGAUGUCAAGGGAUCUCCCCACCUCAGUGACAGUGGCUGCCUGGGGCAGCAGAGGGAAGGAGGAGGGACAGAGCUAGUGGGGACCGUGAUGACGUCUAACACGCCAGAGAGGACUGGCCAGGGUGGGGCUGGCGUUGCACCUUUGCUGGUGAAGGAGGAGCCCAAGGAAGAUAACGGCCUACCCACCUCCUUUACCCUGAAUGCUGCCGACAGGCCCGCCAACCACACAAAGCUGAAAGACCCCUCCGAGUAUGUGUCCAACAGUGCAGCAGUAUUGUUCAGCCAGGACAUCUCGGUUAAGAUGGCCUCCGAUUUUCUCAUGAAGCUGUCAGCUGCAAACCAGAAGGAGCCUAUGAAUCUUAAUUUUAAAGUGAAGGAGGAGCCGAAGGAAGAGGAGUCCCUGAGCAUGCCUUUGCCUCGCUCCAGCUACGUGUUCAGCCCGGAACCGGAAGUGUCAACCCCAAGCGUCUCCGAGGACCCACUUACACCCCAGGAAGGCAAGGGGAGUGUGUUAAGGCGGGACAUGUCGGCCAAGGCUGCCUCAGAACUUCUCAUGAAACUCUCAGCGGAAAGCUACAAGGAGACGCAGGCGGUGACGGUUAAAGAAGAACCCAUGGAGGUGGACAUCCAGGACUCCCCAGCCUCCAUAUCACCCAGCCGGAACGUUGGCUACAGCACUUUAAUGGGGCGAGAGAAAACUGAACCCUUACAGAAGCUGCCAGAAGGUCGAGUUCCCCCAGAGAGAAAUCUCUUCAGCCAGGACAUCUCUGUGAAGAUGGCUUCUGAGCUUCUUUUUCAACUCUCGGAAAAAGUGAGCAAAGAACACAAUCACACGAAAGAAAACGCAAUGAGGACAACCACCAGCCCUUUCUUUUCAGAAGACACAUUUAGACAAUCACCAUUCACCUCCAAUUCAAAAGAUCUGCUGCCUGGUGAAUCUGUGCUGCACGGAAGAGUGUCUGCUCCAGAGACAGAGAAGAUUGUCCUUGAGGCAGGAAACGGACUGCCAUCCUGGAAAUUCAAUGACCAGCUCUUCCCUUGCGAUGUGUGUGGGAAAGUGUUUGGACGACAGCAGACGUUGUCUCGGCACCUCUCAUUGCACACAGAGGAAAGAAAAUACAAAUGCCACUUGUGCCCCUAUGCUGCUAAGUGCCGUGCGAACCUGAACCAGCACCUGACCGUGCACUCUGUGAAGCUCGUGAGUACUGACACCGAGGACAUAGUCAGUGCUGUCACUUCUGAAGGCAGUGAUGGGAAGAAACACCCUUAUUACUACAGUUGCCACGUGUGUGGAUUUGAGACGGAGCUCAAUGUUCAGUUCGUAAGCCACAUGUCUCUCCAUGUGGACAAGGAACAGUGGAUGUUUUCCAUCUGCUGCACGGCCUGCGACUUUGUCACCAUGGAGGAAGCAGAGAUAAAGACUCAUAUUGGCACCAAGCACACAGGGGAUGAUAGGAAGACCCCCAGUGAAUCUAACAGCCCCUCCUCGUCCUCCCUGUCAACUCUGAGUGAUUCAGCCAAUGGCAAGGAUGACUCAGACAGCUCCCAGAAAAACAAGGGCGGGAACAACUUGCUGGUCAUCUCUGUGGUGCCUGGGAGCCAGCCCUCACUGAACAACGAGGAAAAGCCAGAGAAAGGGUUCGAAUGCGUUUUUUGCAACUUUGUCUGCAAGACGAAGAAUAUGUUUGAGCGCCAUCUGCAAAUCCACCUCAUCACCCGGAUGUUUGAGUGUGAUGUGUGCCACAAGUUCAUGAAGACUCCCGAACAGCUGCUGGAGCAUAAGAAAUGCCACACUGUCCCCACCGGUGGGCUCAACUCAGGACAGUGGUGAGUGUCAGACUCCUCUAGGUGCCCAUUCUGCAUUUAUUCCACCAACCGCCCUGCUGCCAUGGAGUGCCACCUCAAGACCCACUACAAGAUGGAGUACAAGUGCCGGAUCUGCCAGACAGUGAAGGCCAACCAGCUGGAGCUGGAGACGCACACCCGCGAGCAUCGCCUGGGCAACCACUACAAGUGUGAGCAGUGCGGCUACCUGUCUAAGACGGCCAACAAGCUCAUCGAGCACGUGCGCGUGCACACCGGGGAGCGGCCCUUCCACUGUGACCAGUGCAGCUACAGCUGCAAGCGCAAGGACAAUCUUAACCUGCACAAGAAGCUGAAGCACGCCCCCCGCCAGACCUUCAGCUGCGGAGAGUGCCUGUUCAAGACCACACACCCUUUUGUCUUCAGCCGCCAUGUGAAGAAGCACCAGAAUGGAGACGGCCCUGAGGAGGACAAGAAAGGCCUGAGUCCAGCAUCCAGAGAGCCAGCUGGCCCUGGAGCCCCACUCCUGGUUGUGGGGGGUGGCCGGAGUCUCUUGUCCCCACUGUCAGUCAUGUCUGCCUCUCAGGCUCUGCAGACCGUGGCCUUGUCAGCAGCCCACGGCAGCAGCUCAGAGCCCAACCUGGCACUCAAGGCCUUGGCUUUCAGUGGCUCCCCGCUGCAUCUUGACAAAUACCGGAACUCAGAUGUUGCCCAUCUCAUUCCCUUAACAAUGUUGUAUCCCAGAAACCACCUGGAUCUCACAUUCCACCCUCCCCGACCUCAGACUGCGCCUCCCAGCAUCCCCUCACCCAAACACUCCUUCCUUGCCUAUCUUGGACUAAGAGAAAGAGCAGGGACUGUCUGAGGACAGCCGCGUUCUGUACCAAAAACCAAGAGACAGAGACAGGAACAGACAAAAACCCACAAAACUUAAAACACAACCCCAGCAGGUGUAUGUUGCUGCAAAACCUUCAGGCCCCAGGGGUCUGGACCAUGUGUACUGUAUAUCUUUAGUAAGGAAUAGAGAAUUGGCUCUGUAUGUAUACCUAUUGACCUAAAAGCUGCUUUAUCCAAUCUUCAGAGAGGUGAUCUGCUGCCUACGUCUACCUUCAGAGGCAUGCCUCCCCAGCCAUCACUCCCACUUCAGCCCUCUUCCGUACUUCUCUCUGAAAGGAAUUUUGUCGUGUUAACCCCUAAAGAGAGUGUCCUUAAUAGCAGUGAGCACUUGGAAGCUUCUCCACUGGUACAUUGGGUUUUCUGUUGGGUGAGUGGGGUCUUGUGGGCAUUUGUGGAUUGGGAAAGAAAAAGUGUGUAUGUUUAGGGUAUGUGUGUGUGCAUGUGUGUAUGUGCGUGUGUGUGUGUAUGUGUAUGUGGUAUAUGUGUGGUGUGUGUGUGUAUAUGUCAUGACAUUUCUAUUGCACAUUCUUUUUAUACUGGCCUCUUUGACAGUGAUGAACAGUCUUGACUUCCCAUCCUGAUUGUUCAUCGACGACUUUCUCCCCACAUCCUCCACUGCCUUCCCUUCUCUAUUUUAUGACUACAGAGUGGUAGGGCCUGGUGCUCAGUGGAUGAAGAUCUGCAGGGUGCCAGGAUAUUUCCAAUAGAGUGCUCAAAGCCUGGAGUUCAGCUCUCUACUUAGGAAGAUGGGUAGAGUCAAGUGACAGAUCUCUUAAGAAAUGCCUCAAAACUCCACAGCUGACAUCACAAAACCUGGGUGUUCUAUGUGUGUGCCCACAUGAAGUGCAUGCAUGUGCACGCAUGAGCAUGUGCGUACACACAUUUGCACACAAACACAACACGUGCACACACACAAAGGAGUGCAUCCUUUUUAAAGGGCAGAACGUGUGCGUGUGUAAGAGUGUGUGUGUGUGUGUGUGUGUGUGUGUGAGAUAUUGAUUCAGUUGUUAUCAUUGUCUGCAGGAAAAAACUGUAUGAGUGGAAAUGUUUAUGGUUGAUAAAUCCAGCCAAGGAGAUUAAAGGGGUUCGGAUGAACUCUGGGUGUAAAUGCUCAGACUAAAAAGAAACGGCAGCUUUGCACAGUGCGCUGGCCUUGCACGAGUUUGUUUCUCUUUGGGGGAAAGGGAUGAGUACAAGGAAAGGAAGGAAAGGUACCUUUUUUAUGGAAUGAGUAGACUGUAUGUUUGACAAUUUAGCUGUGACCUCUUUGACGUACAAGGAAGGACAGAACAAAUAGGUGCUGCUUAGUCCUGUGCCUCAGACGAUGCCCCAGGAUGCCCCACUGUGUGCAGAGCCUCUGGCUAGAGUGUACCCUCCAUGUAUUAGUAACCCCGUAUUCCAUUUUGUUAACGCCUAGCAGAUGUAACCUGCUAGGAGCUGACUUUAUACUUAUUUAAAGCUCUUAUUUUAUGGUCAUUAAAAUGGCAGUUUCUGUGCAGCACUUUAUUGCGGCAGGAGAAGGUAUGAUUCAGUUGCAUAGCCCCUUGCUCAUCUUUUAAAAAAGUAAUAGGUGGUUUAAAAAGGAAAAGAAAAAGAAAAUCUUUGUCUGAAUAUGUUCACUGCUUGGAUUUGUAAGACAGCAGAAUUUCCAGUAUGCAACAGGCUGAAGGAGCGGGAAGAAAUGUGCUUUGUAUAAAAAUGGGAAGUUUGUUAUAUGAAAGGUUGGUUCUGUAUUAUUUAUCAGCGGAAGAACUGGUGUCCAGGAGGAAUGCUCUUUCCCACACUGUGUUAUCCUCGAUAAUACCCACCUUUCUUUUUGUUACUUUAACCGGGGGAAAUAAAAGCCUCCCUGAUGUUCUUCCUCUAGUCGCGAUUGCUUCCCUGAAGUGAAUGCAGUCGGACAGGAAGAGACUGAACAGUCUACAUCAUCAGCUCCUUAUACCCUCGCAGCCUCCCUCUCCAAACCUAGCAGGGCCCUGCUUCCCUCCCCACCUGACAUCCAGCCGUGGAUGAGGGGUCUGGUUAGGGCCCUGGCAAACAAGUUCACACUACAGAGAUGUCCACAAAGCAGGGAGACCAACCAGCUAGGCCAGAAAGGCCCCAAAGCCUCAGUCAUUCUCCAGCAGAGACCUUUGCUCUUGGCCUUGUUUAACCCGAUGUUCAACUCACCAUGUCAAUAUCUCAGUAAAAGACACUAUAGACAUUUCUGGACAAUAUGCCCCCAAGGUCAGUGGGUUUAUGGGUGGGUUUGUUGUUUUUUUAUUUGCUUUUGCUUUUUUUGUUUUAAAGUUAUGUCUUUAUCCCCAUUUAAUGGAGAAUGUGCCACUUGGCUAAUAAUGUUUUCAAAACUGCAGGUUCAGUGAUAAGGGAGAGGGGAACCACAGUGACCCCACCCCACCCCCUAGAGGUUGGCAGAAAGGUGACUCACAGAAGCACCAGCAGGUUAAGAACCUGAAUGGGUGUCCCUGACCACGAGGACCCUAGGUUUUACAGCAUGUCACUUGUGCAAUAAGAGGUCUUCAGGUGGGACUGUGCGAGAGGGGAGGUGGGCGGAGACGCUUACUGCUCAAAUGCCGUGCAUUUCAUUGCUUGCCACUGAACCUGUAUUUGAAUGACUUAGUAAUGCUUAAUGUAAUUGGGCAACUUUUUUAGCACUUUGGAAAGAGACAUCAAUCUUUCUGGUAAAUUAUAAAAAGUUUUCUGAGUGAGAAAACGUGUGUUUGCAGUUUGUUUGACUUUUUAUAUUAUUGUUGUUGUUAUUAAUAAAAAAAAAAGAAAGAAAAUCUACAGCAUUUUUCAGAGUCCACCUAGAUAAAAUGUGCCCCCCGAAUCUGGUUUGCAGUUUGAUGCUCGGGGAAGGAUGUGUUCUGUAGAUUUCCUUCCCAUGGAAACACUAACACCUUUGAGAAAGUCGCCUAGCAACUUUGGGUUCUCACUAUGUGUUCUCCCAGGAGAGCUGGCUUGCUUUCCAUUUAGCGAUGCAGGUAGGGUUCUAAGCACUUUUUCUCUCCUGUCUUUUCUUUUCUUUCUCUCUUUCUCUCUUUCUUUCUUUCUUUUUUUUUAACUCCUCAUGUUCAGAUGCUCAUACUGUCAAGGUUUGUGUACAUUACUGAAAAUUUGUAUUGUAAAAAGCUUUUGCAUUACAAGGCUGUACAGGGUCAUUUUGACAGUAACUGGUAUUUUCCUCUGCAUCUUACGUUGCAUUGCCAAUUUCUAGUGUAUCAAGUUUGAAGUAUAAUAUACUCUAAUUAAAAGAAAAAAAAAGGUUGGCUA